AUGGCAUCCCUUCUGACCAUGUUCUACCUCGUCUACCUGCUGGAAUGUUGGAACUGUCAGACUCGCCAAGCGGCUCAUGUGCUGAAUGCUACUCUGCAGACCUGCGCCUACGAUAGAGUGAUUACGCAGGUGCGACAGUGUUUCCUGGAUGCCAAAGCGGUGGGCGGUUGGGAGGACCGGUCGCCGGCCAUUUGCUGGACGAUAGACAAGCCCGCCAUCAGGGUCACCUUCUCGAAGGAAUUUGCCUUUGCCAGUGACGCCUGGAGACUGCGCUAUGAGAAGCAGAGGCGAAGUUUUGAGCGACUUCAAGAAAACGAGGACGACUUUUUAGAAAUAAAAGAAGGAAACGUCUCGGUCAAACUUCUAGCGGCUAUCAAUCCCCUGAGUCAAAUCCUCAAAUGCAACCGCCCAGGCAGCACGUCUGCCUUCUAA